AUGUCUGAUCCCUCACUUCCUCGCCAGCGACCGCCGGAGAAGUCAGACGCGCUUUUCUUCAACCCUUCGCAAACAGUACCUGAGCAUACAAAACCACCGCAGAAACAGCUUUCUUCAAUAACCGCCCAGCACGGAAGUCUAAGAGCUACCGGCAGGCCUCUCUCCGAUGACCCAUUCGCUCUGAUCCCAGCCGCAUCCUACAGCGCGCUGGCACAGCUCUACCAACUUGUACGGCUUUGUAUAGGCGAUCAAUCUCAGAUCGCGCGUCUCCUUUCACACUCGCGACAAUCGGGCCUUGCACCAGCAGCUGCGGCACUAGUUGGCGGUGGAUACGCGCGUAGCUUCGCUGUCGUGGGGUUUGCUGUGCUGGUGAACCACGUUAGGAGGAUGCUCGCGCCCGCGCUGGGUGUGGGCGCGUUCGGGGGCCCAAUCGCGACUCUGAAACUCGCUGUGGGUAGUCCAGCGCUUUUCCUCAAGGAGGAGAUUGAGAUUGGCUUCUUCGGGAGGGUAUUCACGUCGGAAGGGGCGUGGAAGCUUCUUGGCGAUAUCAUUGGGACCGUCGUCUUUGUGCGUGUCUUGAAGAGAUACAGCCUGAUCAAGCCAGAUGAUCAAAGAAGAAGCUGGAGCGGGAUCGGUUUAAAUGGUGUUCGAACUAGGGCGAUCGAAAAGCGGAAGACAGCCGCGCUAGUCGUCUAUCUGGUCUGGAUUCUGGGAUGUGCCGAGUAUCUCCACGCGAGAGUGGCACAUAUUGUGGCCGUCGGCAUCGCGUACUUCAAGCUCUUGCGGGGCGGACUGCUACAUAAACAGGCUCUAUGUGAAGUUGUGCUUCCCUUCACGUCGCCGAAACCUUCUUCGCUCAUCGAUAGUAUUUGGGAGACUCUCAACAUCGUGGGCUUUCAUCUCGAGCUGGUAUGCUUCAUCGCCUGGGGCCUCUAUCCGCUCAUCAAACUCGCCAUUCGCUCUACGCUCAGGGUUAAUCCGAGCAAGAUCAGACCUGAACUUGCGAUGCUGAUUGCUGCCUGGGUGUGGGGGACUGGGUACGUGACGAGGUACUCGAAUAAGUACUAUAUCGGUCUGGAGAUCAGCGGACUCCUGCUCGUAAUGUGGUGGAUUUUCGCUUAUGGCAUACUCCUUAGCCUAUAUAUUCGCGAUCUCAAGCUUAGGCAUGGUGCUCGAGAGCUUAGCUGA